AUGUGCAAAUAUUAUAGACAUUUACAAAAAACUAAUAAUAAUAUGAAAUUAUUACAUCAAAAUGAUGUAUCAGCAAGAACUCCUUCUGAAAAUUAUGAAAUGUUUAGUAUUAGUUUUUAUCUUAUUGAAGAGAUCUAUUGA